UCCGACUGUCCUGGCAGUAAGGCCCGAGGCGGGGUAACAAAGCGCUUACAUGACAGUCCUCGCGUAAUUCUCAUCAAAGCACAGACUGGACUCGUGGGCUCUGGCUGCUGCCUACUUUGCAAAAACAAAAUAGCUCCAAUUCUUUACAAACUCGUCUACGCCAGAGUUUGCCGCUUUGUUUUGAGUGCUUUUCUGUCUUCCAUUUCGUGGCCUUUCAAUCUUCAUUCAUUCUAGUUCACCAUAGAGUGUCGUGUUUUGAUUAAAUUUCCCUAGACAUCCAAAAGCAAAAAAUAGAUUUCGCCUCGGGUCUUCUAACAAGUACGAGGUUUCCUGUCAGAAAAAGAGAGUAGGGGAAAAAGUUUUUUAGUAGCUAAGUUUCAGUGAGUCAGUCGUCACGGUUGCCAGUUUUUUUUUGACACUGGCAGCACUAGGACGGGAAAAAAUCCAGACUUCGUCCUUCAGAUUUCGACUACCAGCUGCUGAUCGAUCAGGAUUCCAAUCCAAGGUUCAGAUUCUGAUCAACUCGGUUUCAAAAUCUUAUAUAUCAAGAUGGGGAGGAGCUGCAGAAGGACUGCGAGCUCGGCAUUUCCACCCACAUUCGCCAGGAUUUGUCACAUCGCCUUGCUGUUCGUGCUGUUGGCUCCCACCUGCGUCAUACGGGCUCAAGACGGCCACUCAGUUUGCGGGAAUCUAUCGGCUUCACCAACACUAACACCAUUCGUGGAACCAUUACCCAUUCUUCCAACCAUAGACAUCUCCACCGGCGUCCCGAUAACUCUCGGUGCAUACAAAAUCUCUCAAAGCGUCCAUCCCGACCUCCCGAAUACGACGUUCUACGGCUUUGGGACGAGCCCAGAGACGGCGACGUACCCAGGGCCGACGCUGGAGGCCCAGAAGGACGUGCGGUCGUACGUCCGCUUCGAGAACCACAUCACUGACGCGGAGCACAUCUUCGUGGUGGAUCGGACGCUCCACCACGCCAACCCGGCGCGCGGCGGGGUUCCGAUCAGCGUCCAUCUGCACGGCGCCGACAGCGAGAGCAGGUACGACGGGCACCCGGAGGCCUGGCACACGGCUGCCGGCGACCGAGGCAAGGCCUUCGUCACGCUGGACAACGAGUACCCGAACGAACAGCCCGCCAGUCCGCUGUGGUACCACGACCACACCGUCGGCCUGACGCGACUGAACGUGGCCGCGGGGCUCGUCGGCCUCUACUUCAUCCGGAGCAAGGCCGAGGAGCCGCCGUUCCUGCCCUGCGGUGAGUACGAGAUACCGAUGGUCCUCCAGGACAAGCAGUUCUUCCCCAACGGGUCCAUCAAUUUCCCGGACGUCGGGGUAGUUCCCGACAUGUAUCCGCAGUGGUGCCCGGACUACACCGGUGACACGAUUCUCGUCAACGGCAAGGCGUGGCCGUAUCUCGACGUGUACCGCGGUGUAUACCGACUGCGCAUCCUGAACGGGGCAAACUCGCGGUCUUUCACUCUGGCCUUCAGCGACCCCCGGAUCAAGUUUCUCCAGAUUGGCACGGACGGCGGCUACCUCUGGAAACCCGUCGAGCUGCAGAACAUCACCCUCGCGCCGGCCUACCGCGUCGACGUGCUGGUGGACUUCCGGUCGGUACCCUGCGGCUCCAGCGUGUUCCUGAACAACUCUGCCGUGGACACCGUGCUGUCGAACGGUACCACGCCUACCACGAACAGCGUUAUGAAGUUCAACGUGGUCGAGCGGCCGCCCGGGUCGCCGGACCAGUACGUGGAGAUCCCGGAGUUCUUCGGGCCCGUGCCGAAUGUGUCGGCUUUGGCCGCCGGGGCCGCGUACCGGAACGUGAACUUGACGGUCGUGGUGCCCCCCAAGGGCAACAUCUCCUUCCUGCUGAGCGACAAGCACUGGGUCGAGCCGGCCACUGAGACCCCUCACAUAUACAGCACGGAGAUCUGGGACAUCUUCCACCUCAUCUCGAGCGGGAGUCACCCCAUCCACCUUCAUCUCGUCAAUUUCCUGGUGAUGCACACGCAGGCCUACAACUUCACUCGAUUCAACGCCAGCGAGUGCUCGCUUCUGCUGCCGUACACGGAGCCCAGCAGCUGCUUCCUCGGCCCUCCGCGGCCCCCGCAGCCGACCGAGAUCGGAUGGAAGGACACCAUUAUUGUGGAGCAUGGCACCGUGAUGAGGCUGCUCGUCCCGUUCACCACCAGGUCCGGUGCAAAGUACUCCUUCGAUCCCACGACCUUUCCCGGAUACGUGUGGCAUUGCCACAAUCUCGACCACGAGGACAACGACAUGAUGAGGCCGCUCUUGUUCCUGCCUCCCGUUUAGACUGACAAUGUACUUACAGUACGUAGGAUUCUGAUAAUGAUCAAUUGGAGAUCAUUUGAUACUCCUUCAGCAUUCAUGGAGGAUUAUCUUCAUUUGCGCGACUCCAGCUGCAGUCUAGAAUCCCAAGCUGGAUUCGGGAUUUCUAGUAGGGAGGACGAUGCAGAAAGGUUUAAACCUGGAGUAGGUUGAUUGCUAGGUCCGCUUGCUGAUACGUACACAGUGAAUAGCCAAUUAGUUCAGUUCACACCGAUGGAUUCGGAGGAAUCGAGCCCGAUUGAUUGUAUCUGGCGAUGCGACUCAUCGACGAGGCCUUAAUUUCGAACUCCGUCCAUUACUUUGCCUCGUGUAUAUAGAGACCACUGCCUUAAUGCGGUGGAUUUGAGGAACGCAACAAUCAUUGAACAGUUUGAUCAACCCCAGUGAAUGAACGAGAAACCUUGGAAAACAUAUCUCAGAGAUCUCUCUGGUAGCAGUAGUCUAGUCUGAAGUUGUACAGGUAUCUGGCCCUUAGCAAAUUCUCGAUGAAUUUAUUCUUCACAAUUUAGCAAUCUGAGCUCGGUUUGAGCAAUCCUACCUUCCUUGGACUACUUGUCUUUC